CUCUCUCUCUGUGUCUAGUCUACCAGCUUGCUGUAUAUUAUUAGGUGCAACAGGGCAGCAGGCAGUGGUGGCCAACAAUAGACAAUUGGACAACCUGUUUCCUCCUCUUCGGCUCUCCUCCUCCUCCUCUUGCCUUCUCUUCUUCUUGUUCUUGCCCAAUCCUAGUAGAAGCGCCUAACUUGUCGUUUGCUGUGGCUUGGGUUUUGAGAGCCGGAGGAGGCAGGAUUGAUUUUUCCAUGAUUGGGUUUUCUUGAUUGAUUGGCGCCUGCUGCUGCGGUGCGGUUGGUCCAAGAACCGGGAUUUCCCGGCGCGGAAUCCGGUCAUCCAAGAGGUGCAUCUGAAUAGAUAAGAAGAGAACAUAAUCUUUGGGCAUUCUCUGUGGUUGAUCUCUGAAAAAGGUAUCAAACAGCCUGCAAAUUAGGUCUCCUGCUCUUUCCAUCAAAAUGUCAGUUCGGCGCCGAUCAGAGAGUAUGGAGGGCCUGUUCUCGUUUGACGAGAGGAAAGAUCGAAGGUCAGAUGUGGAGAACUCGGAGGACGAGCGGAGAAGGCUAUCCAUUGGGUCACUCAAGAAGAAGGCACUGAAUGCAUCAAACAAGCUAACACAUUCACUCAAGAAGAGGGGGAAGAGAAAGGUGGAGAAUCGGCCCUCAUUCACAAUCGAAGAUGUCAGGGAUGAAGAAGAGGAGCGUGCUGUCUUUUCCUUCCAGCAGGAGCUUUUUAGCAGGAACUUGCUGCCUGACAAGCAUAACGAUUACCACAUGUUGCUGAGGUUUUUGAAGGCUAGGAAAUUUGACACUGAGAAAGCCAUUCAAAUGUGGGCUGAGAUGCUCCAGUGGAGGAAAGAAUUCGGCGCAGACACAAUACUAGAGGACUUCAAUUUUGAAGAGCUAGACGAGGUCCUUGUCUAUUAUCCUCAGGGUUACCAUGGAGUUGACAGGCAGGGAAGACCGGUAUACAUAGAGAGACUAGGAAAAGUUGAACCAAAUAAACUGAUGCACAUUACUACAGUUGACCGCUAUAUGAAGUAUCAUGUACAAGAGUUUGAGAGAGCAUUCCAUGAAAAGUUUCCAGCAUGCUCUAUUGCAGCGAAAAGGCAUAUUGAUUCUACUACGACCAUACUUGAUGUCGAUGGUGUGGGUCUCAAGAACUUCAGCAAAACAGCCAGGGACAUGCUGGGUAGAAUGCAGAAGAUUGACAGUGACUAUUAUCCUGAGACACUGCAUCAGAUGUUUGUUGUGAAUGCUGGUAAUGGUUUCAAACUACUCUGGAAUACAGUGAAAGGCUUCCUUGAUCCCAAAACUGCAUCAAAGAUACAUGUUUUGGGAACAAAAUUUCAUGGAAAACUCCUUGAAGUGAUAGAUGCAAGCCAACUUCCUGAAUUUUUGGGUGGAGCAUGCACUUGUGCUGCUGAGGGAGGAUGCCUCAAGUCUAACAAAGGCCCAUGGAAUGAUCCUAACAUUAUGAAGCUUGCACAUAAUAAGGAGGCAAAAUUUACUAGACAUACUCGGCGCUUGUCUGAGAUUGAGCAACGAAGGGGUUCAUUUGCUAGGCUACAUCUUUUGAAGGGUAGAAGCAGUGACACAUCAACAGUGGAGUCGGGUUCAGAUGUUGAUGAUCUCAGUUCUCCAAUGAUGAGAAGGCCAGUGGAAUGUAGUCGAUUAGCUCCAGUUCGUGAAGAAAUGCAGAUCAGAGCACGAGACUCUGCAGCUUACUACAGCUGCGAUGAUCACUUUGUUGUGGUAGACAAAACUGUUGACUAUGGUAGAGGAGGAGCGAUGCCUGAUAAAACUAGUGCCCCAGAAGUAAGAGCUCAAGCUCGGCCUUUUGGAGGUAGCACAACAUCAUAUGCAACGGGUUCCUCAAGCAACAGAGGCGGUAUUUCCUCGAGCAACAGAAGCCGAACAGUCGUACCUAAAGAGAACACGGAUGAAGGAUUUUUCCGCCGUUUCUUCAGAUUACUGCUGGCCUUGAUUAUAAAAGUUUUUGCCUUCUUCCACAUAGCAUAUGGUCAGCAGGAGAUGCGGGUUGACAAUCCAUUGCCUCCAGCUGAGCCUGAACCAACUUCUGAUGAUCAUCCAGCAGUGGAGACUUUCAGUGUAGACCGCAUCAGUCCUGUCAUCGAGCGGCUUCAGAGGCUCGAGGGUAAGGUCGAUGAGCUUGGCAACAAGCCACCAGAGAUUCCCUUGGAGAAAGAGCGCUCCCUCUUGGAAUCUUGGGAUAGGAUAAAAUGUAUCGAAUCUGAUCUCGAACGCACAAAGAAGGUGCUGCAAGCUACCGUGAUGAAGCAACUGGAAAUUGCAGAAUCAAUAGAGGAAGUGAUUAGGAGGCAGCUAAGGAGACGAAGAUUUUGUGCGUAAUAAAGAGACCUAACUCCAGAAUUAACAACACAUGUCAUUGAGAAAUAAGACUCAGGAGUACAUUUGGCGGCAAAAUUAUGCAUAGGACAUGGUUGAUGAGUGCAGACACUUGGAUUCGGUGUUUGGAUUGGCUCAAAGAAUGGGUGGCAGGAGCCCAGAAACAGCAAAAUAUCAGCUCCCCUUCUGAAUCUAAGAGGCUUGUCUAUCCUUGAUGUUAGCAUAGGAUGUUAGGAUGGAUGGCAAAAAGAAAUGUAGAAUAGGUAAAAAUGGGAAUGGAUGUGAAACAUAUGUCAUUGUCUGCAUCUAGAAACAUAAGCAUCGAGUUCUCUUUGCCAAACAAAUUUUCUUUAUGUGAUCCUGUGGUAUGGCAAAAUUGUAAGGGAAAUUGUAAGAAUUAUGGAAAGUGCCUUGCAUCAGGAAUUGAGAGGCAAAGAGAAAUGUAAUCAUCAAAAUGA